AUGAGAUCCCUCUUGUUCAUCACCUUGUUGUUGGCCUUUGUUGCCAGCGCUUUGGCCUUCGAUUCUGACUUUUUGAACGAACCAGUCCAUGAUAGAGUAUUGAUUGAUAAGAUCAACAAUAGCCCAAAGGUUGCAUGGAAGGCUACCUCCUACUCACAAUUUGAAAAGAUGACUUUGGGUGAAUUCAGAAAGAGGCUCGGAACUGUUCUCAUUCAAAAGGGAACUGCUGACAUGCUCCCAAAGAAGACUAUUGCUCCUCUCGUUGGUACUCCAGCUGCUUUCGAUUCUAGAACCAAGUGGCCAAAUUGCGUCCACCCAAUCCGUAAUCAAGAGCAAUGUGGUUCCUGCUGGGCCUUCUCUGCCUCUGAAGUCUUGUCCGAUCGUUUCUGUAUUGCCUCCACUGGUAAAGACAAUGUUGUCUUGUCUCCUCAAUACAUGGUCUCUUGUGAUACUUCUGACUAUGGUUGUGAUGGUGGUUAUUUGAACAAUGCUUGGAAUUUCUUGGCUACUACUGGUAUUCCAACUGAUUCCUGUGUCCCUUACACUUCCCAAAAUGGAGAUGUUGCUGCAUGCCCAAGCACUUGUCAAAACGGUGGAUCCAUCAAGUUGUACCGAGCAAAGAACCCACAACAAUUGAACGACAUUCCAUCCAUCAUGGCUGAUAUGGAAGCUAACGGACCAGUUCAAGCUGCCUUCUCCGUCUACCGUGACUUUAUGAGCUACAAGUCUGGUGUCUACCACCACGUUUCUGGAUCAUUGUUGGGUGGUCAUGCUAUCAAGAUUGUUGGUUGGGGUGUGGACAGUGUUUCCAACAAGCCAUACUGGAUUGUUGCCAACUCUUGGGGACCAUCUUGGGGUUUGAAUGGAUUCUUCUGGAUUUUGAGAGGAAGUGACGAAUGUGGAAUUGAAGACAACGUAUGGGGUGCAGGAGUUUUACUUUAA